AUGGCACUCACCAUCAACCUCUCUCUCUCCAUUUUUCUCCUCUUUACUUCUCUUGCCACCCUCAUCACCUCCUCUCAAGGUAAUUACAGAUUGUGGCAAGAUGAGUACCCAUUCAUCAGACGGGCGAGCUCUUUCUCAUCAUCAUCAUCUUCGACAAAAUCAACGCCGUCCAACGGUGGACGAAAGGGAUAUGAUUAUAUCGUAGUGGGUGGUGGGACCGCCGGAUGUCCGUUGGCUGCCACGUUGUCAAAAAAUUACAGUGUUUUGUUAUUGGAGAGGGGUGGUGUCCCUUUUGCAAACAUAAAUAUAUCCUUGUUGGCAAAUUUCCAUCUUACCCUUGCGGACGUCUCCCCUAAUUCUCCUUCACAGUUUUUUGCAUCCACGGAUGGAGUUUUGAAUGCUAGGGCUAGGGUUUUGGGUGGUGGUACUUCUAUCAAUGCAGGAUUUUACACCAGAGCAAGCACAAGUUAUGUUAAAAGGGUAGGAUGGGAUGCAAAAUUGUUGAACGAAUCGUACUCAUGGGUCGAAAAGCGAAUUGUUCAUGAGCCCGUUUUCGAACCAUGGCAAAGAGCGGUUCGAGACGGUCUUUUGGAAGUCGGAGUUUCACCCAACAAUGGGUUCACCUAUGACCACUUGUAUGGUACAAAGAUCGGGGGAACGACUUUCGAUAGGUUCGGUCGUCGACACACGGCCGCUGAGUUACUAGCCUACGGAAACCCACAAAACCUCGACGUUUUGAUUCACGCAAGAGUUCAAAAGAUCAUAUUCGACACCACAGGAAAAAAACCGAGGGCGGUCGGAGUACUUUUCAAAGACGAAAACGGGGCCGAACACGAGGCCUUCAUCUCGAGGAGGAGAAAGAGUGAGAUCGUUGUAACGUCCGGAGCAAUAGGGAGCCCGCAACUACUAUUGCUUAGUGGAAUAGGACCGAAACCCGAUCUUGAGAAGUUGAACAUUUCGGUGGUGCAUGAUAACAAGUUUGUCGGGAAACACAUGUCUGAUAACCCGAUGAACUCGAUUUACGUCCCAUUCAACAGGCCCGUCAAGCAGUCGCUUAUUGAAACCGUUGGGAUCACGAAAAUGGGAGUGUACAUUGAAGCAAGCAGCGGUUAUGGUCAGUCUCCUGAUAGCAUUCAUCGUCACCAUGGAGUCGCCUCGGCUGAGAUCGGGCAACUUUCGACGAUUCCUCCGAAAAGACGAACAAGAGAAGCCAUUGAAGCCUUCAAACGAAACAAGAAAGACCUCCCACAUGAAGCGUUUCAUGGCGGUUUCAUCUUAGGAAAAGUCGCUUUCCCGAAAUCAAAAGGGCAUUUGAAGUUAAUCAACACGAAUGCCGAUGAUAAUCCAUCCGUUACGUUUAACUACUUUAGCCACCCGGAAGAUCUCCGGCGAUGCGUGAAAGGGAUCCGACUCGUGGAGAAACUCGUGAGAUCCGAACCGUUCCUUCAAUUCACCAAAUGCGACAAAGGAACCGUCGCCAAACUCCUCAACAUGAGCGUCACCGCAAACAUCAAUAUGAUACCGCGACACACGAACGACACGAAAUCACUCAAACAGUUCUGUAAAGACACCGUGAUCACCAUCUGGCACUACCAUGGCGGGUGCCACGUGGGCCAGGUGGUGACCGAAGAUUACGUGGUCCGUGGGGUCCACAGACUUCGAGUCAUUGAUGGCUCCACUUUCCAUGAAUCCCCAGGGGCCAAUCCACAAGCCACCGUAAUGAUGUUGGGAAGGUACAUGGGAGUGAAGAUUUUAAGAGACAGAUUGGGGAGAUCGGGCGGAUUAUGAAAUGAUUGUAGAAGAUUUGAGAUGUAAGAGAUGCAGAAUAUUGUUCCCCGUUUGUAUCAUUAUGCGAUUUUUUUUGGGCAAAAGUUAUACGUAGAAAGCUUACAAGA